ACAGGCAGUUAGGCAGAAGUGAUCCCAGUGGCUCUGCCAAAGGCAAGCCUGUUGGGUUGAAAGAAAGAAAAGUCAGGCAAAGUGACAGCAUUAAAAUUGUUACCUUGAAGAAGCAGAGUGGAGAAGUGUGAAAAGAUGAAUGGACCGGUGGAUGGCUUGUGUGACCAUUCUCUAAAUGCAGAAGGAGGCUUCAUGUUCACAUCAGAGUCUGUAGGAGAGGGACACCCAGAUAAGAUCUGUGACCAGAUCAGUGACGCAGUGCUGGAUGCCCACCUCAAGCAAGACCCCAAUGCCAAGGUGGCCUGCGAGACGGUGUGUAAGACGGGCAUGGUGCUGCUGUGCGGGGAGAUCAGCUCCGUGGCCAUGGUGGACUACCAGCAGGUGGUGAGGGACACCAUCAAGCACAUUGGCUAUGACGACUCUGCCAAGGGCUUUGACUUCAAGACCUGCAACGUGCUGGUGGCUUUGGAGCAGCAGUCCCCGGAUAUUGCUCAGUGUGUCCAUCUAGACAGAAAUGAAGAGGACGUCGGUGCUGGAGACCAGGGUUUGAUGUUCGGCUAUGCCACCGAUGAGACAGAAGAGUGCAUGCCCCUCACCAUCAUCCUCGCUCACAGACUCAACGCCCGGAUGGCGGAGCUCCGGCGCUCUGGGGUCCUCCCCUGGCUGAGGCCGGACUCUAAGACUCAGGUGACAGUUCAGUACGUACAGGACAACGGCGCCGUCAUCCCUGUGCGUGUCCACACCAUCGUCAUCUCUGUGCAGCAUGACGAGGGCAUCCUGCUGGAGGACAUGCGCAGGGCCCUGAAGGAGCAGGUGAUCAGGGCCGUGGUGCCUGCCAAGUACCUGGAUGAGGACACCGUUUACCACCUGCAGCCCAGCGGGCGGUUUGUCAUCGGAGGUCCCCAGGGGGAUGCUGGCGUCACUGGCCGUAAGAUUAUCGUGGACACCUAUGGCGGCUGGGGAGCGCAUGGUGGUGGGGCCUUCUCCGGGAAGGACUACACCAAGGUGGACCGCUCGGCGGCUUACGCUGCCCGCUGGGUGGCCAAGUCCCUGGUGAAAGCUGGGCUCUGCCGGAGAGUGCUCGUGCAGGUUUCCUAUGCCAUUAGUGUGGCUGAGCCACUGUCUAUUUCCAUCUUCACCUACGGAACCUCUGAGAAGACAGAGAGGGAGCUGCUGGAUGUGGUGAAUAACAACUUUGACCUUCGGCCUGGUGUCAUUGUCAGGGAGUUGGAUCUGAAGAGGCCCAUCUACCAGAGGACAGCCUGCUACGGCCAUUUCGGAAGGAGCGAGUUCCUGUGGGAAGUUCCCAAGAAGCUUGUGUUUUAGAGCUGGUGGAGCUGGCCCUGGCCUCGCCCCGGAGGCCUCUGGGUGGCCAUCAUUCCUAUUCUCCAGGA